UCAAGCAAAUACAGAUACUGAACCAUGGGGCUGAUGAGAAUUUGCUUUCUGGUCUUGGUUAUGGUCAUUCGUGCAAUAUUUGUAGAAAGUGAGAGUUCCCACAUAACAGCAGUGGGAAUUGAUCUGGGAACCACCUACUCCUGUGUCGGAGUCUUUCAAAAUGGCCGUGUGGAGAUUAUCGCCAAUAACCAAGGUAACAGAAUCACACCUUCCUAUGUGGCCUUCACCGCUAAGGGAGAGCGUCUUAUUGGUGAUGCUGCUAAGAACCAGCUGAUCUCUAACCCUGAGAACACGGUUUUCAAUGCUAAAAGAUUCAUUGGUCGCCAUUGGAAUGACUCCUCUGUACAGCAGGACAUAAAAUAUCUGCCCUUUAAGGUGUUUGAGAAGAAGAGCAAACCCCACAUUGCUCUUAAUGUUCAUAGCCAGACAAGGAUCUUUACACCAGAAGAGAUCUCUGCCAUGGUUCUCUCUAAGAUGAAGCAAACCGCUGAGGCAUACCUGGGAAAGAUGGUCACCUAUGCCGUGGUCACUGUUCCUGCUUACUUUAAUGAUGCCCAGCGUCAGGCCACCAAGGAUGCUGGAACCAUCGCAGGCCUGAAUGUGAUGAGGAUCAUUAAUGAGCCAACGGCUGCUGCUAUUGCAUAUGGUUUAAACAAGAAGGGUGGUGACAAAAUUAUCUUGGUGAUUGACCUUGGUGGUGGUUCCCUUGAUGUGUCGCUCCUGGAUAGUUACGGCAGGGAACUUGAGGUUAUAGCCACACAUGGAGACACCCACUUGGGAGGUGAAGACUUUAACCAGCGUGUCAUGAUGUAUUUCAUCAACCUGUACAAGAAGAAGACUGGCAAGGAUGUGCACAAAGACAACCGUGCUGUUCAGAAGUUGCGUUGGGAGGUCGAGAGGGCCAAGAGAAUUCUGUCUGUAGACUAUCAAACUCGUAUUGAGAUUGAGUCUUUCUCUGAGGGUGAUGACUUCUCCGAGACUCUGACCCGUACCAAGUUUGAGAAUCUGAACAUGGAUCUCUUCAGGUCUAUCCUGAAGCCUGUGCAGAAAGCUCUGGAAGAUGCUGACAUGAUAAAAUCUGACGUUGAUGAGAUUGUGCUGGUCGGUGGCUCCACUCAUAUUCCCAAGAUCCAGCAGCUGGUGAAGGAGUUCUUCAAUGGAAAGGAUCCCUCCAGAGGCAUCAACCCUGAGGAAGCUGUGGCCUACGGAGCUGCUGUGCAGGCUGGCGUGCUCUCUGGAGAAGCUUAUGGAGAUAUGCCCAUCCUUCUGGAUGUGUGUCCCAUGACUCUUGGUGUUGAGACUGACGAUACAGAGAAGAAUGUGGAAGGAGUGAUGACCAAGCUAAUCCCCAGGAACACCCUGGUGCCAGUCAUUAGGAGGAAGACGUUCACCACAGUAUCUGAUAACCAAACAGUUGUCAAUAUCAAGGUUUUUGAAGGUGAGCACAACAGGACCAAGCACAACAAUCUACUGGGGAGUUUUGACCUGACUGGCAUUCCUCCAGCACCCCAUGGGGUCCCAGAUAUUGAGGUGAUCUUUGAGAUCGAUGUCAACGGUAUCCUCCAAGUAACUGCUGAAGACAGAGGAACUGGCAAUAAGAACAAGAUCACCAUCACCAACGACCAUAACCGUCUGACCCCAGAGGACAUCAAGAAGAUGGUGAAUGAUGCUGAGCACUUUGCGGAAGAAGACAAGAGGUUGAAGGAGCGCAUCAAUGCCUACAAUGAGUUGGAGAGCUAUGUCUACUCCCUGAAGAACCAAGUGAGAGACAAAUACAAGCUGUGCGGCAAGCUGUCUGCUAUUGACAAAGAAACCAUCAAGAAGGCAGUGGAGGAGAUGAUUGAUUGGUUGGAGUUCUUCCCGGAGGCCGCCACAGAAGUAUUCAAGGCCAAGAAGAAGGAGCUGGAGGAGGUUGUUCAGCCCAUCAUGAGCAACGCAGGCAUACCUCCUCCAGAGGAGGGUGAGGGUGUACAGGACAAAAGGGGAGAAAAGGACGAGAGGCAAGAGAAGGAAGAGAGGGAAGAGAAGGAGAACAAUAAUGAGCAAGAAGAGAGGGAAGAGAAUGAGGAGAAUAAUGAGCAGGAAGAGAGGAAGGAAAAGGAUGAGCAGAAUGAGAAAGUAGGAAUGAAUGAACAAGACAAGGAGGAGCUGUAG